CCUGGACCUGUUUUGCCACGAAAGCGCGAUCAUAAAAACGUGAUUGAUAAUUCAUGGUUUUGUGCCGUUAAAUAUUCAUUCCUUUGCUCUUUGUUUCAUCACUUGGACCUUGUCUCAGUUCGACUGUUGUGUCUUCGCGGAACGUGUCCCACAAGUCCAUUAGAUUUGCGGAACGCGGAUCGAGAUGGCCUGGACACUAGUCCUGCUUGUCCUGUUAGGGACAUCAAGUUGUUUAGACGCAAAGGAGCUGCACAAGAAGAUUGACAUCAGCGCGCUGCUAGAGAGCGGCUCAGGAAGCGGAGAGGAAGGGUCCAGUGGCAGCGGUUCAGCGCCAGAACCCGUGCGCGACCAGGAUGUCGACUGGAAGCAGUUUAAGAUCAAGCCCGAGCAAUGCUUGGACAAAGGCGAGAACUGUACAGGAGAUCCUGAGCAAUGCCAAGAGAACUGGCAAGAAAUGGUGGUCCAAUGUCCCUUUAGCUGCCGUUUCUGCUCCCAGAGAUCUAUAGACGAUGUGACUGAGUGCACAGAUGCGCGAGGCGCUGCGUGCAAAGACUGGGCCGACAACAGGAAUGACUGUCUGCGCUUUCCUCAGUUCAUGUCCACGGAAUGCACCAAGUCCUGCAAACUCUGCGGAAAAGAAACCAAUGGGAAGAAGUUUGACAAAGACGUUAGAUGUAUUGAAUGGGCCAAGAAUGGCUACUGCAAUGAGGGUGAACUUUACAAAGAGAAGUGCCCCCACAACUGCGAGGUCCACAAAAGUAUUAAGAAGGAACCAAAGGGUCCUUAUCCUUACCCAACUGAAAGCCUGUACCCCUACCAGUACUGGCAACUAUACCCCGCCCCGGGACCAGCACCUUACCCACCAUACCCAUAUCCCACAGCCGCACCUUACCCAUAUCAAUACUCCCCCUACCCAUACACCCCCUACCCACCACCACCAUACCCAAACCCAUACCCACAACCACCAUACCCACCACCACCACCACCAUACCCAAACCCAUACCCACAACCACCAUACCCACCACCACCAGCACCAUGCUCUGGACCUGGACCAUGCCCCUACCCAGGACCCCCACCACCACCCUACCCUGCACCUACGCUAUACCCACCACCACCACCGCCAUACCCAGAGCAAGUACCACCACCACCACCACCACCACCACCACCACCACCACCACCACCACCACCGUACCCCUACCCCGACCCCUACCCAGACGAGUCUGAGAAUACAAAGCAUAAGAGCAAAAAGCAUGCCAAACACCAUGAAAAACACCACAAAGAGAAUCACUCUAAAAAAUCUUAGGUGUUUAGAGUUAUCGACAAAUAGUUAAAGUAUUAUUUCACAUCCUUUUAUUUAUUAAAAAGCUUCGAAUCGAUUAUAUCAAUUGUUGCAUCAAAGUAAAAUACAUAGUUUGGCAUAGCAAAUCUUAUUAUGUAAUUGUCUGGCCUAGAAAAUCUCAUAAUGUAAAAGAAUUUAUCUAGACGAAAACGUAAAAUAUAGUAUAUUCAAUAAAAAUCAGUUUUGUUAUA